UACUAAAUUUCUGUCUUGUGUCGAAUUCCCUUUACCACGAAAGGUAGGAAUGUUGAAUAAUAGAUAAUGCCUAUUUUCCAUCAUGACUUGCUUGAGCUAAUAUUGAACACUUGUAGCAAUCAGUUUUAUUCACUUAAAGCCAAAUUGCAUGUUCAUGGAUUCUACUUCAUGGCACACGCAAUUGUAAAUAUUUGGUACUUUUUUAUCUUUUUGCAAAUUAUGUGCCUUAUAGGGCGAAUUCAGAUAUAUUGAGGUAAAUCCAUGAAUAUUUAGCCAUAUCUCUAAUCUGUCCAUAAAUAUUAUCCAUGAAUGAUAUUUUGGUCAUCUACGUACAUUUUAAACAAAGCAACUGUAACGAAUUACGCCAUUAUAUUUUUACCGAGGAAUGAUUGAGUUAUGAAUGAUUUAUUUUGGCCAUAGGAGAGAGAACUGUAAUGCGUUCCUAUUACCGAGGAAUGACUACAGACUAAUGUUUGGAAAGGCAGAGAGAGCCAAGACAUUCAAGACUAAAUGCUCAUGCUUAAACGUAAAAAAGCAACGGAAGUUGGUAUUAACAAAAAAUGUCUGUACAAGUGACAUUUAGUUUUACGAAAUGUUCCUUCAUUGGAGGUUGUUGCCCAAUUGAUAAGUGCUAGUUACAAAAUGCAGUGGACCUCAACUCAUCGCAUCUCACAGCUUUCCUUGACGUUUUCCGCCGGCGUUCCUCAUAGAUUAACGGUUGUCAUUGGUGUCUUGAAUGAUAUAUCACGAAUAUCAAGAUUGCAUUUGGAUUUAGUAGCAGACUGGACAACAGUACUUUCCAGCAUGCUUGGAAGAGGCGAGCAGUCUGGUGACAAGUGAAAUUACACGGACGGACGUUGUUGACAAACUCAGGCCUUAGACGUGUUGAUCUGUCCAGAAUUCGGCCACGGAGCAACGGUUGAUAAAGUCCCUUUAAAAGUAUAACCACAUGAAGGAGAAGGAGGGGAAGAUUUCAGGCCCGUCUCUGAAAGAAAAGUGAGUGAGGACCAUUUUGCCCUAUGCUGUCGAUCUACUACCGAUGGUGGUUGGGAGGCGUAAUUGUGGAGCAUCUUUGCCGUCGGAGAAGUUGUACAAGAGUUGGUGUUGGUGUUGAGGAGGAGAAGGAGUAUCAGGUGGGCAUGGAUAGAGGCUGCCACUUCUGUAUACUGCUCGUUCGUACGUACGUAGAGUACUAGUAUGUUCGAGUGGUGUACAUAUUGAAUGCCGGCAAUGGAUGGCACUGACGGACUGUCGUCGCUUUUCCCAAGCGGUGAGAAUCAAGGAAGACUGAAAAGAAAACGAAGACGAGCCGAAGAAGAAGAAGAAAACGAGAGAAGAAGAAGAAGCUGGUGAUAGCGAUGAUCACCUCCAUGAUCAUGGUGAGCGGUGGAGAAGGUAUCUUUAAGAAAGUGCCUACUGGUUCACGCCUUGUCCACUCUCCUCACUCGUGCAGUACCCUGGUUCAGUUGAUGAGGACUUUUUCUGGCGUUCGGACUAGCGGUUCACACUUGGACAACAUUUCGAGAAAAUCUCCAACUCUCUCAGAGGAAGUGCUCUAGUCUGGCGAAAACAUACCCGUGGAAAACAUACGUCGCUUGUUUAUUGCUAGGACAUCUUCAGUGAUAUGAGAUGAGCAGAGGACACUUGAAUUGUGCCAUGAAGAGAAUCAAGAUCAAAAAUGUCAUCGUUGUGAUAGCGCAACUUGUAAUUAUUCAUGCCCAUCUUUCGGAGGCCAUCCAGUGUUGGCAAUGUGCUUCUGUGGACGAUCGGUCUUGUCCAGACAAUUCCAAUAUGAUGGAAUCCAGAUCCCACGACGCCUGUAUCACGUGGCGAUUGGGUAAUGGGACUGUGAUUCUCCAGAACGUGGUCAAGUUCGAUAAUGAAUGCAACCCGCCCAAAUUGGAGUUUUGGACGAGGUUCAUCAAUCUGUACUAUCAAAGCACUGGCGGCGAAGUCAGAUGUUGCCAAACCGACGGAUGCAACACGGGGGCCUUUUCCAAUGAUUAUUUUGUCCAACCCACGUCCAAUCCUGCUCAAGAUCAAAUCAACGGAGGAAGUCUCCCAGGACCUCCCUUGAUCUUCGGAUCUGUAUCCUCGCCACCUUUGAACCAGUUUCAGCAACAGGUUCAGCCUACUUCCAGGCCCAACUUAUUGACCCAAAACAGUUUCCAAGAUCCUAACUUGGCCAACCAGCUUCAGAACUUUGGCUUCAAUCAAGGCCAAUUCUCCUCAUCGCAACUAGCCAAUGUUAACCAGCAACUGUUGACCACCCGACUCAACCAAUUUCAGCAAUUCCCCUUGAACCCGAAUCAGCUUCAGUUUCAGCCUCAAACCCAGUCCAUUUCUCAACCUCAGACUCAGCCACAAAUCUUGCCUCAACAAGUAUUGGCAGCCAAUGCUGGAUUAAACAGUAAUGAGGACGAGAUUAGCUUGAAUGGCUUCCCACAGAAUCUGGAGAGCUCAAAUGGAAAUUGCCAACGGUAUUUUAACAAAAGAGGUGACGGCGAGUGGCUCCCCAACGUCCUGAUCCCCCUGUCGUUUGAUCGGGCGAGUGAGACCAAAGUGGGCGUGUUUUACACGAAGUUCACUUCCGACACCAAUAACAAUGAUCACGUCAUCAUUCGUUUGGUAGGCAAAGAUCGUGGAAACAACACCAUGUACUCGUUCAAAGCCUAUCGAGUAGGGUCUGUCUCGCUUUUCAUCAGCAAGCUUGAAUUCAACAGCCGGAACGAGCUGACUCAAAACGAGGAUCGUAAGGAAACUGUUCAAAACGGCGUCAACAUUACGACCGAUCAAUAUGCCGGGUUUUGGUUUACCCUUAAAGGCGAAGAGCUUACUUUUGGACAGAUCGGAAGUCAAUUGAUCGACCCGAUUCUCACGUGGAAUGACACUCUUCGAGAAGGACCUCGGGAUGUUCAGUACUUUUCUCUGACCACUGACCAAGCUACGGCCUCUUUUGGAGUCAAUUGCGAUGUCCCAGACCUUCAUUUCGAAGAUACUUGCGUCACCGAUCAGGAUUGCGAUCGUUACCCCAACACUGUGUGUACCAAUGUUCCAGUCAACGAGGGCCUUGACCCAGGGACUCGAUCCAUACCGUUUUCAGAAUGGGAACCCCGAGAUACUCUCCUGAAGUCUUGUUUCUGUAUGGAGGGACACGUGCGAAUUCCCGGAUCGGAUGGAUGCUAUGACCCCAUUCGACAAGUUGUCACCCUCAGCGAUGCUUGCUUUGCCAAUUACCAUUGCAAUGACUUGCCCAACACGCAGUGUACCUUCGACGACAAUGUACCCAAAUUCAACAAAUCCUGCCAAUGUAUUCCAGGAAACAAACCAUUUGAGCGGGAUCCUCGAACCGGACUCGUUGAAGGCUGUGCUCCUCUCACCGAUGCUGACCGAGCCUCGGUUCUGGGUUGUGCUCGUCGGUUCACCAUCGAGGAUGAGUUUGCUUGGGUCCCCGACAAUCUCCAACCUAUGGAUCGGAACAGUAACUUGGGCGUCGAUAUGUCUGUCGUGUUCAUCAAAUUCGACAAAAAACGCGGCACUGGACGUGGAGGCGACGUGGCCAUUAUUAGGUUGUUGGAUGAGCUAAAGAGUAGUCGGAAAAUGUACACCAUCAAGUUCAACCGAAACGGAAAAAUAAGCAUCUCGGAGAGCUUGCGACAACGGAGCUUCUUCUUUGAGAACGAGCGUGACAACUCUCGGAUAGAGAUCGAAGACCUGGAAGUCUUGAAUCGAAUGCAGUUGGAUUAUGUUGGCUUCUGGAUCCAAUAUCGCUUUGAAGAAGGACGAGGAGGUACGCUAAGUGUGGGCCUAAAUGGAGCUCCAUUCCAACGGGAGUACUCUCUACUUCACUGGACAGACACGGAAGCCAAUGCCAUCCGGAGGUUGAGUUACAUUGGAUUUAGCGGCUCGGAUGAUAGCACGAUCCAUUACGGUAUAAACUGCGUCCUGCUUGAUACGCCCAUAGGGGUUGGAAACUCCAAUCCGUUUGUUCAAGUGAGCCCGAAUACUGUUCAAAACCAAGCUGUAAACCAAUUUGGCCAGUCCUUGGGCCAAUUUCCGGGAGCUCAAAUUGGUUCAAAUCUGAAUGCAAACAACUUGAACCAAGUUAACCCGGGUGUCCAAAACUUACCCGCCAUCACUCCCGGAGUGUCAUUCAACCAGCAACAACAACUUCAACAACAGCAACAGUUCCAGCAGCAGCUUCAACAGCAACAAUUGCAGCUUCGCCAACAACAACAAUUACAGCAGCAGCAAUUACAACAACAGCAGCAGUUGCAGCAACAACAAAUCAUUCUUGGCCAAUCUCAAAUAAUUUCACCUAACAGGCAGCAGCAACAAAAUCAAUUUUCAAACCGCCAACCUAACUUUGGGCAAUCUUCCGUUAAUGCUCAGAAUAUUGCUCCUCUUGGAACUCAAUUGGGGGUUUCAAAUCAAUUCGCCUCCAACAAUCAGUUCCAAUCCCCCCUUGGAAAAUCUGUGGAGAGUAUUUCAGAUUUCAGCCCGGCUGAGCCCACCCAACCAACUGAGGUUAUAGAACCGGUCCUCCGGAACCAAUACUUGACCAAGCUGAAGCGGUUGCUUCCGACCAUUUUUGAGAACUUCAAGCCAGGGGAGGAGGAUAAGGAAUUACUGACUGAAGAUGAUAACGCAAAUGACUUCGUGGACAACCAAGACUACAUGUACGAAGAUGCGAGCACCAUCAAUGCAGAGAUUGCCUCGCCAUUGCCCACAUCAGCCUCGUCCGUUCCAUCCAUCAACGAUCAAGGACUCUAAAUAACUCUUAUCGCCAAAGUAUUACACAAAAAGUCAGUAUUCCAGUUUCUUGAGACAAUCGAGAAUAGCCACCUUCCUCCCUUCUUAUAUCCUUCAAUCCUUAAGGCAAAUAACAUUUCAUGGCUAUUUAAUUGUGAUUUAUUUAUGCAAAUGAUGCAGCUUGGUGGUGAUUUUUACGCGUUUAUUAACUAGUGAAUAAAUCUUAAGAAAUAUUUGAAACGUCUCGUUAUGUCCAAAUUUGUUAUUUGGGUUAUCGCUUAACAGCAAAGAAAUACGUUCAAGGCGGAUUUAAAUCCUAGGAUAUUCAAAAGACAGCUUGGCGUCUACGUGAUGAUCGUUG